AUGCCAUCAGCCAAGCGCAACGCGUCGUCUGCCAGGCGAUUAUCUCUAGCCAAGAGGCAGAGGACUGUCGAUCCACCGGUUGAUCCGCUUGAGGGCACGAGCGGCUAUGAUUCAGAGGAGGGUUCCAACGAUCAGGUGGACGGUGGUCAGGACGCUGAUCACGAGGACAAGGACGAGCAUGAGGACGAGGAGGACGAUAGCGAGCUCGCUCCCAUCACCCCCAAGCGAUCCGGCCAAGCUGCUCGCGGCUCCAAAGAUCAGGAGAAGAAGCACCCCAAGAAGGGCAAGAAGAAGGCCGCUCCGAUCAAGGUUGGUGCCGCUCGUAAGGAGGUGUGUGGUGGGUGCGCCCUGCGUUUCAACGCAGGCCUGAUUAAUGGCAUUUGCCAUGAUCGGCUCGAUUCGAACAGCGAGCGCUGCGUUGAGUGUGGCACCCACUCCUGCUCCAUUCUGUAUGAUCAUUGA